AUGACCGACCAUUUACAACCACAGUCCGCCAUUUCCAAUUCUUCCUACUAUAGCACGGCAACUAUCAAGCCAGUUCCUGCACCUCCAUCGGUUUCCAGUGCUCCACCAGGAUGGCUCUACAAACGCAUUCGCAUUGGUAAAUAUCUUCUUCCCUACUACGCGUCGCCACAAAUUCAACUGGUCUUGGUCGCACUUGUAUGCUUCCUCUGUGUUGGCAUGUAUAAUGCGCUCAGUGGUCUUGGUGGUGGUGGUCAAAUUUCUGCAAAACCAGCAGACAAUGCAAACUCAGCUCUCUAUUCCACCUUCUCGGUCGUCGGUUUCUUUGCAGGUACCUUUGCAAAUCGUCUCGGAAUUAGACUCACUUUGAGUUUGGGUGGAUUGGGCUAUUGCGUCUAUGCUUCAAGCUAUCUAUGCUAUAGUCAUACCCAAAACACUGGCUAUGUUAUCUUCGCAGGUGCAUUGCUUGGUGUUUGCGCUGGUCUUCUCUGGACAGCACAAGGUGCCAUUAUGAUGUCUUAUCCACCGGAAGAAUCAAAAGGAAAAUAUAUCUCAUGGUUCUGGUCAAUCUUCAAUCUUGGAGGUGUCUUUGGUGCUUUGAUCCCUCUUGCCUUGAACAUCAAAGACACUUCAAAUCAUGUUGUUAGCGACGGUACAUACAUUGGUUUCAUCAUUCUCAUGUUCAUUGGAGCACUCAGCGCGUUGUGUCUAUGCGAUGCGCAUAAAGUUCGACGUGCCGAUGGAUCUCAUGUCAUUCUCAUGAAAAAUCCAACUUGGAACACAGAAAUCUGGGGACUUUGGUACACACUAAGGAAUAACGUCUAUGUCUUCCUCCUGUUUCCAAUGUUCUUUGCCUCCAAUUGGUUUUACACAUAUCAAUUCAAUGGUGUCAACGGCGCACAUUUCAAUACACGAACUCGAGCCCUUAACAACAUUUUGUAUUGGUUCGCACAAAUCAUUGGUGCUUUCUUAUCUGGUUACGCCUUGGAUAUUCAAAGAUUCAAGAGAACCACCAGAGCUAGAGCUGGCUUGAUUGUACUAAUCAUCCUGACUGCCGCUAUUUGGGGUGCAGGUUAUGGUUUUCAAUCUAGUGUUCCGGAUCGUGAUGUUACUGGUAAACUUGAUUACGAAGGCAAGAUGGAUUGGACAAGCGAAGGUUACGCUGAAGGUUUGGUGUUAUAUAUCGCCUAUGGAUUCUAUGAUGCUGUCUGGCAAUUGUCUGUUUACUGGUUCAUGGGUGCACUUUCCAAUUCCGGUAGAAAGACAGCAAACUUCGCUGGUUUCUAUAAGGGUAUCCAAUCUGCUGGUGCUGCCAUUGCUUGGCGUAUUGACGCAAUGGAUUAUCCAUACCUUACUCAAUUCGCCAUUACAUGGAGUCUUCUUGCUGGUUCUCUUGUUGUUGCAGCACCUGUUAUCUUCUUGAACAUCAAAGAAGCUACAUCAAUUGAUGAUGAUAUCCUUGAUACUGAUCUUAACUAUGCGGAUAUUAUCCCUCAAGCUAUUCUUCUUGAUGAAGAUAAAAAUUAUCAUGGUGGUCAUAGCAGUUCAACUGACACACGUCGUCCAUUUAAUCCCACCACGGAUGAUAUGGAACUUCCUCACCUUCGACAUGAGAAGAAUUCCGAAGAUUUGGUUUAA